AUGGUGCAGCUCGAGAAUGGCGUCAUAACGAAACGUGCCCGAGGGGUGAGCCACUGGGUGUGCCGGCACUGCGACUACACCACGCGACACCGGGGCCACCUCAACCAGCACAUGGUUGUGCACUCUGGCAAGCGGCCCUUCGUCUGCGACCUCUGCAACAUGGCGUUCAGCCGGCGAGCCACCCUGUCCAACCACAUGCAUCUACACAACCGCGACAGGAAGUUCCAGUGCCGGUUCUGUCCCCUGAUGUUCAACAUAAAGACGGCGCUCGACCUGCACAUCAACACGCAUCUGGCACCGUGA